AUGGCUGAGGACCUGGUCCUGGGAGCCACCGCGGCGCUGGUGUCGGCCGCUGAGUCCGUGCGACCUCACGUGGCGCUCCUCCCGGGAAGCAUGCCGGUCACCUCCGAGCCCGCGGAGCCCUCGGACGCGCCGCCGGAGAAGUCGCUGCGCUCCACGAAGGAGCUUCACCAGCUCUGGGAACAGCGGCAAACUGUCAUCGCGCCCGCAGUUGCGGCCGCGGCUGAGGCACAAUUCUCGACGCAACGAUCGGACAGAUCGGAGGUAUCAGCCGGCAGGGCAGAUGCAGAGGCAUUCCUGGGAAGGCAGAUGAGCACGGCAGUACGUUUCCAAGCAGAUGUGCACCGGGAGGUGGGCGCAUUUUUGGAAGUGCAGCAACGAGCCUCCGAGCGGACAUCGCGCACGGCGAGGCAUCCGGAGGACUUUGAAACUCCGGAGGAUCGCGACCGCACGCGCCUGGAGGAGCAGCUUGCCAAGCUGAAAGUCGAGAGCUUGCAGCACAUGGUCUCCACAGUGGAGUACAACCUGGGUGAGCUAAUGCACGUGAGCCGCAUGAUUUACUUCACCAAUCAGCAAGCCUUGCAUUUCUCUGCCGAGCGCAUGCCACAGGUGCGUGAAGCGCUGGGCCUCCAGGAGCCUAAGCUGGUGAUCUUGCUGAUUCCAUCACUUCUAGGCCGGAGCUACUGGAAGGGGAGGCCUAAGUUGAAGGACUUCUUGCCGUCGAAGACGGUCCCCGAGCUGCCUGGGCGGGAAGAGGUGGUGGAGAAGCAGCUGAAUGUCAUUGCACGAGAGGUUCUCCUUCCUGUGGCGCUGCAGACGAAAGCCUUAAUUGUUGGGAGAAGCUCAUGUAGCCUCACAAAUGCUUUCGCCGAAGUCAGCGAGCCCAUUCAAAACAGUUUGGGGGCAUCUUGCCCAUUUCAAAUGGUCAUUUUCGAGCACGCGCGAAACCUGCACAUGAAUACUAUUCUCAAGCCGGACAGCCUGGAGAGGAAGCUCCAGCAAAGCAACGACGCAUGGAACCAUGCCAACUUCAUCCCUGCCCUGUCUCAUCACUACGGCGUUGAUCCAGUGCUGUGGCCGCGCCACAAGCUGGUGGAAGGCGCAGCCGCCUACUUCGUCUUUGAGUGUUUGAAUGACCAGAACCCUCCCCUCCAUGAUCCGCGGGCUGCAGUUCAGUUUGAAAAUAUCUUCCUCUCUUCACUGCGCAGCUCGCUGCCAGUGCUGGCGUUGUGGACUGGUGGCGACGUGAACGUGCUGAAGUUCGAGGCGCUGAACUAUGUGACGAACGGCAUUCCCUUGAUUCUGCUGGACAGUCGCUGGGUGGAGGAAGCCAAAGAAGACGGAGAUGAGGCACCAGGGGCCGACGCAGCGAUCCCCGAGCUGCCGGAGUCUCCGGAGUCCCCGGGCCCACGUGAAACUGUGGACAUGAUGGACAUGAUCAUCGAGGAUGUGGACGAGAAGGAGAAGAGCAACGUCAGCGAUGCUUUUCAGCAGUCGUGUGAGAAGCUGCGGGUCCAUGCACAGGCUUUGAACGAACUGGGCCUCUACGACACCCACAUCGGCUCUGCAUUGGCCUGCGUGCGUGCAGGCAUCCGCAAGAAGGAGAAGGAGAAGGAGCAGCGGAAUGACCGAGAGCUCUGGCUACAUGAAGCCAUAGUCAAGGCAAUGCUUGAAGCACAUCACAGCAGUGCACCCACAAAACUGCAGAACGAUGAUAUUCACGAAGCGCUCUCCGCAGAAGAUGAGAAGGUCCUUCGGGCAACGGACUUCUUCAUGGACUUUGUCGCGGGGCAAACAUGGCAGGAGUCGUUGAAGAACACCUCCGAGUUUGAAGAGGCGAUUUCGGCGAUCUGCUCCUGUGAAGACUGGGACGACCUCGAGUCCGAGUGGGCGAAGAGGUGGGGAAAGCUGCAUUACUAUGCAGUCUUCAACGGCUGGGACACCGCGGCUGUGAACGGAAUCCAGCUCUUCGCGAGCCAGAUGCAGAGCGAUUUCCAAAGCAAAGGCCUCUACAAGGUCAAGCUCAACAGGGUGGAGCUGGUGAAGAGCAUGCCCUAUGAGACCGCCCACGCGGCGCUGAAAGAGAAGCUUUCCGCUUGGCUGGACGAGGCGAAGGAGUACGACAACGUGAAGAAGCGACCACGGGAAGUCAAGAGCGAUAAGAGGCUCUGGCUGGCCGCGUACGAAGUCCUGAAGUCACCCGAUGUCUACAGCUGCAGGCUUAGUGAGCAUCGCAGACUGAAGAUUCUAAUCCAAAAGCUUUCGCGGUCAGACAGACUCCCCGACAACAGCUCUCUGGAGGGCUUGUUGCUUCUACGCUGUGCUUGGACAUUGGCAGACGUUUUCCAUGAGAAGGCUACGAGACUGAAGAUCCUGGCCAAGCUUUCCUUUGCAUUCUUACUUCUGCUGGGCUUUCUGAUCACCUUCGUUACGACCUCUGCAUGGACAGCCGACCUCUCUGAGGACGGGAAGAAGUUCACGGUCUUAGGUUUGGGCUUGGCCUCCAGCAGCCUGGCUGCUUGGACCACCUUCACCGAUCCGACGAAGCAGUGGAUGAAGCUCAGAACCGCCAGCCAGAGACUGCAAGCCGAGAUUUGGAUGUUCAGGACUCGCGUUGGCGAGUAUGGAAGAGCAGACUUCACACACAUCAGCGUGGGAUCCGAUGAGGGCGAGAGACAGGCUGAAGAGCGCUUUCGCGACAAGAUCUUCGCGAUCGCCGACGCGGCCCUGGGUCCAAAGGACCACUUCGCGAACAAUCUGACCACUGACGAGGUCUGCAUCCGCGUCGACGGCGAGAAGAACAAUGACAAGAUCCAGAUGAUGAACGAGCGGCUCCGUGCAAACAAGUUGACAGCAGCACAUCAGCGCCACAAGCAGUACCCCGAGCUUUCCGGCUCUGCAGAGGAGGUAAGGCCCAACGCCGAGCGAGACAGUCAUCAUGCACCAGCCAGUCCGGAGGAGUACAUCAUUUGGAGGCUGACCCCCCUGCGUAACUUCUAUGGGCAGCGAAUCCCAAAGGUCCGGCGCACCCGGAUGCUCAUGCAACUCUUGUUCAUGGCCGCGACGAGCGCCACAGCGGUACUUGCAGCUGCAGAUCAGACAGCUUGGACCCCCAUCGUCGUUUCCAUCUCCGCGGCGCUCGCAUCUUGGCAAGAGUUCCGCGGCGUGGAUAUGAAGCUGGAGCGCUAUGGUGCCGUGGUCGCCGCCCUUCGCAACCUCAUGCUUUGGUGGCAGACACUCCCAGAAGCUGAUAAGGCCAACGUCCGUCACAUCGAGAGGUUGGUAGGGAGAUGUGAGAUGGCGGGUUCCUCAGAACUGGCGGCGUGGCUAAGCGAUGCCCAGCAGGCACGCGACCUCAUGGACAAGGCUUCAUCCGAUGAUCGCAAGCGGGCAGCUGAUGGAAAGGAAGCCAAGGCGCCACAAAAAUAG